CAAAUUUACUGAAAUCUCACUCAUUUUGUAAAGUGAAGUGGACAGCGAGAGAGCUAUUAUUUUGAAGCUGCAACGUAUUUGUGAGAUUUUUUAGCUGAAUAAGUGCUUAUAACAUUUACCUCAAAAAUGUCACAACUUAGGUUUUAUUUAUUUGCCGCUGUGAUAUGUAGCUUAGCUGUCUUUGGCAGCAGCGAUGGGUCGACAGAUAAGACUAUACUGAUCGACGUGCCUUCCUCUGAUGUGAAGACAUCGGAGGUGCCAACGACUUUAGAAACGUCUCCUGUCCCAACUGAGCCAACGUCGUCAACUACGACCACUACGCCUGCUCCCACGACGACGUCAUCCACGACUCCAGCUCCUACCCCCAAACCCACUCGCAAGUGGUCGUACGUUGACAAGGCUACCAAUGUAACAUGCAUUGUAGUCCAAUUUGCUGCACAGUUAAAUGUCACAUACAUAAAGGAGAACAGCAACACGACGGACCACGUGCUUCUCAAUGUGCCCGUAAACGCCAGCGUCGCGAACGGCAGCUGCGCGAAUGAGACCCAGUGGCUGCAGCUCAGCUGGCCGGCGGUGGAAGGCGGGAACAGCACCAACUCGAUGCUCCUCGUGUUCACGCUGAACGCGACCACGAAGCUAUACGCGCUGCAGAACCUCAACGUAUCUCUCGUGCCAGAAGUGUUUAAUAAUGCAUCGUUCAAAGAGCCGGUGGAGCUGUGGCACGGCGCCGAGUGGCGCACGCCGCUGGCCGCGUCGUACCGCUGCGCGGCCGCCGCGCGCCUCAACAUGACCGCGGAGGCGACCAGCGCGGUCGCCACGCUCACCGUCAGCCAGCUGCAGGAGGAGGCCUUCCGCGUCGCGCACGACGCCGCCUUCAGCGCGGCUCGCGACUGCGGCGGCGGCGACGUCCCGGACGCGGUGCCGAUCGCGGUGGGCUGCGCCCUGGGCGGGCUCGUGGUGGUGGUGCUCGCCGCCUACCUGGUGGGGCGCCGCCGCUCCGCCGCGCGCGGCUACCUCUCCAUGUAGACUGCGGAUCGCGUGUGCAGUGUCAUCAUAUUAUGUAGUAAACACAUAGAUCGGAUAAAGUAAUCACAUAAUAGCCUAAAAGUAAAACACAUGUGAAUAUAUCUUGCUCAACCAGGCGUCGUUCGGCCUCCCGUUUGUUAACACGCGAGACGCACUAAAGAAAAUUUCCUAAAAAAUAUGUACGUGUAGAUAGAUUAUUAUUGAAUCGUAGAAAUAAUAAAUACAAUAUGAAUAUAAUACUUGUAAUGUUAGAUGAUUUUGAUUUCGGUAAUUUCAUAAUGUAUGUUUUUUUUAUUAUAAGUUUAGGAAACAAUGUGUUCUGUUAUUAAUCGACACAGUAUAAUGAAUUAUGUAAGAAUUGAGUUCGAGUUCUGAUUUGUAAGUAUUUAAUUGAAUUUAAUUUUUAUUCAAUAAAAAUUAGGUUAAAAAUUUAAUAGUUUUUCAUUUAUCCAUAGAUUAAGAAGGUUGAGGUUCAGAAUAAUAUCUAAUAGAUCAUAAAAACAAAUUCUAAACGUACUUGUAUAAAUUUCCCAAAUGAAGAGUUCUCUACAAAUAGCAUAUUGAACCUUUUGGUAAAAUGUCAGAUGACCAUAGAUAAUUUAUUCCAAGUUAUUUAAAAAUUGUCUUUGCCCUGGCAACAUUUUAUAUAAUCUGUGUCGAUCAAUAACAAGGCUCGUGAUUGAAUUUUAAGCUUGUAUCGUCCCAAUUUAGUAAUUAAUUCCAAAGAUAAUGGCAUCGUUAUACAAACGUAUAAUUAUUUUUUGUAUGGUGUAGGACAUCGGUUUAGAUUCUAAACUAAUUAUAAUAUGCAAUGUUUGUUAUAACCCUUUUGUUAUGGCAAAAAAGCAGGUAUUGCCUAUUAUAUUUAGCGGAGCGAGUUAGAGUUCGCUUAAUUUCAGGGUUGGAGUCGCUUAGAGCUUCGAGUUUUCGGUUUCGGAAUUUGUUUUUUUACGUUCAACGCCUUGAUAAAGUACAAAUUAUCCAAUGUAGUGUAAAAUUGUUAUAAUUAGGGCAAUCUGAUAUCGAUGUAUCCCCCCCUUUUCCUCCUAAGCGACAAAAGGAAUAAUGUAAAAGGUGAAAAUUAAACAUUUUUUAUUUCC